AGUAUGCAGUUGGCUCUUCUGCGUGAAUAGAGUGAUUAUAACGCAGUGAAGUUUCCGGUGUCACCUAUCCACCGGUUGAAUAAAAAAUUUAAUGUCUUCUAUUCUCCAAUCGGAACUCGUGCUUCACGAUUCACUUGGCACCGAGGGACACCUGCAGUACUCAUUGUAUCAUAAAUCUGUCGAGUGAAAUAAUAUCACGGACAGCACAACACAUGAGCUAAUUAGUGAGCACACAAAUGUACGUCCAAGUGAAUUCGGGUUAUCAAGAUUGUUCGAUAACUAAUCAACUACUAUCAUGAAUGUCGGAAGUUCUCAGAUAAUUGCCCACUGAAUGCAAUUCGAUACGGGCAGAUCUAAGUUGAGUUAAUGAAUCAGUGAUAACGAAACGUGAAUAGAUGAAUUGAAUUUCUAUCGUAACAAGUGGCCACUCGGUGAAUAGUAACAAUGGGCUCCAAGAUGCGGGUGAGGAGGCUGAAGGAGCUGCCAAGGGAUAUAACUCCAAUGAAGUCCUAUGCAAAUGCUGCGGCUUGCCCGGUUGGGCAUAGAAAUCAGAGAGAAUUAACGUGGGAGCAGGCAACACCGUACGAGAACAUACCGGGACCUAAAUCACUGCCGCUUAUUGGGAAUAUGAUAAGAUUCAUGCCAUUCAUUGGUGAAUAUGCAAAUCUAUCCGCGUUCGACCAAAUGUUGAUGCUCCAGAGGGACUAUGGGAAUAUCGUCAAAUUGGAGGGCAUACCUGGUCGACGAGCUGCCGUGUUUUUGUUCAAUGCGGAGGACUGCGAAAAAAUGUACAGGCUGGAAGGGCCCCGACCUAUGCGAGUGGCAAUUCAAACAAUGGCCAGUUAUCGCCAGAGAAAUUCUCAUCUUUACAAAGACAAAUAUGGACUAGUAGCUAGUCAAGGUGAGGCUUGGCACAACUUUCGCAAGAAUGUGAACCAGCAUAUGAUGUCGCCGAGGAGCAUCAAACCCCACGUGGUGCAAGUCGACGAAGUUGCCAGUGACUUUAUCGCGAGAAUACGGAAACUCCGAGAUGUAAAAACUUUGAAACUGCCUACCACGUUCAACAACGAGAUGAAUAAGUGGGCUCUCGAGUCAAUUUGCGCAAUCGCCCUGGAUCACCGUCUGGGCUGCCUGGAAGACAAUCUCCCUCCAGACUCCGAUCCCCAGAGAAUGAUAAAUGCAAUUCACAAAAUGUUUGAAUUAUUCUAUCAACUCGAAGUCCUUCCCUCCCUGUGGCGCCUCUACGAUACAAAAAAACUGAGACAAUUAUUCCGCACACUGGAUUUGAUAAAUGGAAUUGCCUGCAAACACAUUGACGAAGCUCAAAUAAGAUUUUCCAAAUCACCAAAGGGACCAGAUGAGCGGAGCGUACUGGAGAGUCUAUUGAGCAUUGACGAACAAACGGCAUACAUAAUGGCACUUGAUAUGUUGACCGCUGGAAUCGAUACGACUGGCAAUGCCACAGGUACACUGCUCUACCACAUAGCAAUAAAUCACCGUGUGCAAGAAAAAUUACGCGCUGAGGUGGAAAAUUUGCUGACGGAGAAAAUAUCACCGGUGACAUACGACAUUUUGAAUAACAUACCUUACCUUAAAGCGUGCAUCAAAGAAUCACUGCGAUUAAUCCCAAUCGCAAUUGGCAACCUCCGAACGAUGCAGAAAGACGUUGUCAUCGGUGGCUAUCAAAUUCCAAAAGGGUGUGAUUUAAUAGCCUCUCACAGUGUACUAGCUGUUAGCCCAGAACACUUCUCUCAACCCGGUGAAUUUAUACCCGAGAGGUGGUUGAGGGAGAACACAUUGGCCACGAUAAAAUCGGCUAAAGAGGCGCAUCCAUUCGCCUACAUGCCUUUCGGUUUUGGACCCCGCACAUGUAUUGGCAGACGAUUCGCCGAAAUGGAAAUUGAAACGCUUGUGAUGAGAAUUGUGAAAAAUUUUCGGGUAGAAUGGUCUAAUCCACCGAUUCAGAUAAAUAGUGGGUUUAUCAAUACUAUAGCGUCACCGUUGCAGUUCAAACUGACUGAUAUCUGAGUGAACUCGGUUAGUCUUCGUCACUUGCCAGGUGGAAAUUUCGCUCAGUUUGCUUGUGUCUAGAUCCAAUACUUUUUUUUUUUUUUUAUAUAUUCCGGCCCUUUCUGCCCUCUGAUUGGCUAAUCGGCCCUA